AGAAACCGUAUCAGUGCUCACAGUGUGGGAAGAGUUUUAAUAGACAGAAUCAUCUCAACAUGCACCAGCGCAUUCACACUGGAGAGAAACCAUAUCAGUGCUCACAGUGUGGGAAGAGUUUUAAUCAACAGCGUGAUCUCAAAAUACACCAGCGCAUUCACACUGGAGAGAAACCAUAUCAGUGCUCACAGUGUGGAAAGAGUUUUAAUCAACAGAAUAAUCUCAAAACACACCAGCGCAUUCACACUGGAGAGAAACCGUAUCAGUGCUUACAGUGUGGGAAGAGUUUUGCUCAUCUAAGUAAUCUUAAAACCCACCAGCGCAUUCACACUGGAGAGAAACCAUAUCUGUGCUCACAGUGUGGGAAGAGUUUUAAUACACAGCAUAAUCUCAACAAACACCAGCGCAUUCACACUGGAGAGAAGCCAUAUCAGUGCUCACAGUGUGGGAAGAGCUUUAAUAGACUGAGUCAUCUCAAAGAUCACCAGCGCAUUCACACUGGAGAGAAACCAUAUCAGUGCUCACAGUGUGGGAAGAGCUUUAAUAGACAGAGUGAUCUCAAAAUACACCAGCACAUUCACACUGGAGAGAAACCGUAUCAGUGCUCACAGUGUGAAAAGAGUUUUAAUAAACAGAGUCAUCUCAAAAUACACCAGCGCAUUCACACUGGAGAGAAACCGUAUCAGUGCUCACAGUGUGGUAAGAGCUUUCAUAUAAAGAGUAAUCUCAAAGAUCACCAGCGCAUUCACACUGGAGAGAAACCAUAUCAGUGCUUACAGUGUGGGAAGAGCUUUAUUAGACAGAGUGAUCUCAAAGUACACCAGCGCAUUCACACUGGAGAGAAAUUAUAUCAGUGCUCACAGUGUGGGAAGAGUUUUAAUCAACAGGGUAAUCUCAACAUGCACCAGCGCAUUCACACUGGAGAGAAACCGUAUCAGUGCUCACAGUGUGGGAAGAGUUUUAAUUCACAAAGUGAUCUCAACAAACACCAGCGCAUUCACACUGGAGAGAAACCGUAUCAGUGCUCACAGUGUGGGAAGAGUUUUGCUCAUUUAAAUACAUUUAAGAAACACAAAAGACUAGAAGAAGGAAACGUCUGCUCACAGUGUGGGAAGAGCUUCAGGUUCCAGAGUGAACUCAAAAUCCACCAGCGCAUUCACACUGGAGAGAAACCGUAUCAGUGCUCACAGUGUGGGAAGAGUUUUAAUCAACAGAAUCAUCUGAAACAACACCAGCGCAUUCACACUGGAGAGAAACCAUAUCAGUGCUCACAGUGUGGGAGGAGCUUUAAUAGACUGAGUCAUCUCAAAGAUCACCAGCGCAUUCACACUGGAGAGAAACCGUAUCAGUGCUCACAGUGUGGGAAGAGCUUUAAUAGACAGAGUGAUCUCAAAAUACACCAGCACAUUCACACUGGAGAGAAACCGUAUCAGUGCUCACAGUGUGAAAAGAGUUUUAAUAAACAGAGUGAUCUCAAAAUACACCAGCGCAUUCAUACUGGAGAGAAACCAUAUCAAUGCUCACAGUGUGGUAAGAGCUUUCAUAUAAAGAGUGUUCUCAAAGAUCACCAGCGCAUUCACACUGGAGAGAAACCGUAUCUGUGCUUACAGUGUGGGAAGAGCUUCAUUAGACAGAGUGAUCUCAAAAUACAUCAGCGCAUUCACACUGGAGAGAAAUCAUAUCAGUGCUCACAGUGUUCGAGGAGUUUUAAUCAACAGAGUGAUCUCAAAAUACACCAGCGCAUUCAUACUGGAGAGAAACCAUAUCAAUGCUCAGAGUGUGGUAAGACCUUUCAUAUAAAGAGUGUUCUCAAAGAUCACCAGCGCAUUCACACUGGAGAGAAACCGUAUCAGUGCUUACAGUGUGGGAAGAGCUUUAAUAGACAGAGUGAUCUCAAAAUACACCAGCGCUUUCACACUGGAGAAAAACCAUAUCAAUGCUCACAGUGUGGGAAGAGCUUUCAUAUAAAGAGUGUUCUCAAAGAUCACCAGCGCAUUCACACUGGAGAGAAACCGUAUCAGUGCUUACAGUGUGGGAAGAGCUUUAUUAGACAGAGUGAUCUCAAAAUACACCAGCACAUUCACACUGGAGAAAAACCAUAUCAAUGCUCACAGUGUGGGAAGAGCUUUCAUAUAAAGAGUGUUCUCAAAGAUCACCAGCGCAUUCACACUGGAGAGAAACCGUAUCAGUGCUCUCAGUGUGGGAAGAGCUUUUUUAGACAGAGUGAUCUCAAAAUACACCAGCGCAUUCACACUGGAGAGAAACCGUAUCAGUGCUCACAGUGUGGGAAGAGCUUUCAUAUAAAGAGUGUUCUCAAAGAUCACCAGCGCAUUCACACUGGAGAGAAACCGUAUCAGUGCUCUCAGUGUGGGAAGAGCUUUUUUAGACAGAGUGAUCUCAAAAUACACCAGCGCAUUCACACUGGAGAGAAACCGUAUCAGUGCUCACAGUGUGGGAAGAGCUUUAAUCAACAGAGUAAUCUCAACAUGCACCAGCGCAUUCACACUGGAGAGAAACCAUAUCAGUGCUCACAGUGUGGGAAGAGUUUUACUCGAAGGAGUGAUCUCAAAAUACACCAGCGCAUUCACACUGGAGAGAAACCGUAUUAUUGCUCACAAUGUGGGAGGAGUUUUAAUCAACAGAGUAAUCUCAAAGAGCACCAGCGCAUUCACACUGGAGAGAAACCGUAUCAGUGCUCACAGUGUGGGAAGAGUUUUUUUUAUUCAACAACAUUUAAGAAACACAAGUGUGACACAUUCAAUUGUACCAAAUAAACGAAGGGUUUGAUUUUUAAUACCACAUUCCCAAAUCAAUCACCAAGUGUUCCUGUUAUUGUACCUGCAGCUGUAAUGUUUAGCAUGUGAACCUGUUUCUGUUUAUUUUAAUAAAUUUGGGUACAUAUCCAAGGAUAAGGGAUGCAUUUAUUAAAGUAAGCAGGGCCUCUACAAUGGCAGGGAGCAAAUCUUUAAAUAAACGAGUUGGAACAGUGAGAGAUUGGAUUAAAGGAUUUUAGUUGGAUAUCAUUGUUGGUGACUAUUAUCGUCCAGGCUGCUCAAAGACUUUUGGGUUCUAGAGCCUCUCUGCUAGAACUGUAACUCUAUUUUCCCCUUCACCACCAUCUGCACUCCAUAGAAUGCAGCUUUGUAUUCAUCCAUGUUUCCGCUGAUGCACCCCGCAUUGUAAGAGGCGAUGCGAGAACCUUAUAACUGUCCUUGAACUGUCCUUGAACCACUGUCAUGGUAUGGAGUACUGGAAGUUGAGCAGAUAAAAGAUGAAAUAUCUCAAAUUCAUCCUGUCUGACAUCAAAUAAAAGUCAAAGUCAAUGUAAGAAA